AUGGCCAUCGGAUCCUUCUCCCAAGAUGAGCUGGAUGAGAUAUACGCCUUUGCCAUAGACUUGGGCCGCAAAGCAGGCAAACUACUUAUGGACCGUGUUGAACAACGUAUUUCAGACUCGAAAGGUUGCUCUAAUACCUUUGAGGAAAAGGAAAAUGCCGUAGAUAUCGUCACGCAAACUGACGAAGAUGUUGAAUUAUUCAUUCGAAAUGCUCUCGAGUCUAAAUACCCUUCUCACAAAUUCCUCGGCGAAGAAGCAUACGCCAAAGGCCAGUCGCGCGACUAUCUCAUUGAGGAGCAACCAACAUGGUGCAUCGAUCCAUUAGACGGAACGGUUAACUAUACACACAUAUUCCCCAUGUUCUGCGUCUCAAUCGGUUUCAUCGUACAACACAAACCAAUAAUCGGCGUGAUAUACGCCCCUUUUACAGACCAGCUCUGGUCCGCCUGCAGCGGCCGUGGCGCUUGGCUAAACGAGACUCGCCGUCUCCCACUCAUUCACAACCCGAUCCCGCCCAUGCCCGCCAAUGCACCAUCCCAAUGUAUCUUCGCCUGCGAGUGGGGUAAAGACCGUCGCGAUAUCUCCGAUGGUAAUAUGCAUCGCAAGGUUGAGAGCUUUGUUAACAUGGCCGCGGAGGUGGGUAGUCGGAAUGGGAGAGGUGCUAUGGUGCAUGGUAUACGCAGUUUGGGCAGUGCGACACUCGAUCUCGCGGAUAUCGCCGCUGGCGCCGCUAUUCUUUUGGAAGCAGGUGGGCUCAUGACUGCUGCUAAUCCUCCACAAGAUGUGGAUACGGCACCAAUCGAGGAUGUCAGACUCGGCAGCCGGUUGUAUCUGGCUAUCAGACCCGCUGGCCCCUCCGCCACCGAGACAGGCCGUGAAACGCAGGAGCGGACAGUGCGCGAAGUCUGGCGCCGAGUUCGUAAUCUGGAAUAUUCACGGCCCGGAGCUUGA